AUGGCUCUGAACGACAUACAACAUGCCGUCUAUGAGCAUUAUCUGCCCCUGGCUUUCGGAGUGGUCCUAUUAGCGGUAGUGGCGAAUGGUUGUUACGAACUCCUGUUUAAUCCACUGCGAAAGUUCCCGGGUCCGAAACUGGCUGUCGUGACUUAUUUGCCCUCCGUAUAUCACACGUUGAGAGGUGAUCAUGUUGUCUGGUUGCAGAGCCUCCACCGCACUUACGGUCAUGCUGUGAGAUAUUCUCCGGAUGAACUGAGCUUUACGUCCGCCCAGGCCUGGCGAGACAUUUACGGACAUGCCAGUGGGGGCAGAAAGAGCACCGAGAAGUACUUGCGCUUUUAUGGUCCGACUUUCAAUGGCACGCCAGACAUCAUUCGUGCCAAGGCGCACGACCAUGCGCGCUUUAGGCGGAACUUCUCCCACGCCUUCUCGGAUAAAGCACUCCGGGCGCAACAGCCGCUGAUUGCUCAGUACGCGGACAUGCUGGUCACAAAACUGCAGGAGACUGUGCAGAAACUACCGUCUGCCAAGACUGAUAUGGUCCGCCUGUAUAACUUGACCACCUUCGACAUCAUGGGCGACUUGACCUUUGGGGAUCCCUUGAACCUGCUCAAGGGCACCGGGUACCUGGACUGGGUCGGUGGGAUUUUCGCGAGUGUUAAAAUACUCUGCCUCCUGCGGGUGACGCGUUACUAUGCGUGGCUCACUACCAUCAUGAAUUCAGUACUGUCUCGCUCUCUGAAAGAACAGGCGGAGACGCACUUCCGAUCCAGUAAAGCACGGGUUGACUGGCGUGUGGAACAGACCCUCGACAAGCCGGAUAUCUGGGGCCUCAUCAUGGGACAGAAGGAGUCCCUCCAGCUCACCCGUGACGAGAUGUACUCCAACUCUCAGCUCUUCAUGGUAGCUGGGACGGAGACCACGGCCACGGCGCUGAGCGGCCUCACAUACCAAUUGCUGACACACCCAGAAAAGAUGCAGAAAAUCACGCAAGAGAUUCGAGAAGCAUUCAAGGACGAGAAGAUUGACAUGAUCCGCCUCGCGCAGUUGAAGUAUCUGAACGCAUGCAUAGAGGAAGGAUUGCGUGUCUAUCCGCCGGUGCCUGUUGGGGCCCCUCGACAGGUGCCAGAAGGAGGAAUGACGGUUUGUGGAGAGUUCGUUCCAGCUAAUGUUUCGGUCUCCGUGCAUCAAUGGGCGACAUACCGUAGCCCCGAGAACUUCAAGCGACCAGAUGAUUUCGUCCCAGAGCGAUGGACUGAUGACCCGGAGUUCGCCAGCGACAACAAAGCUGCAUUUCAGCCGUUCUCCUAUGGGCCACGCAACUGUUUGGGCAAGAAUUUGGCGUAUCACGAGAUGCGAAUCAUUUUGGCAAAGGUGCUAUACCACUUCACUUUGUCUCUAGCCCCGGAGUCGGUGGACUGGGACAAGCAGAAUGUGUUCUCGUUGUGGGAGAAGAAGCCGCUGAUGGUACAGCUGCAUGCACGGACCUGA